UUUGUAGGUUUCGGGAGCGCAACCUCAUUCCUGCGGUUGCGUUUCUGUCGCUCGCUGUGAGCUCAAACCUGCUUUUUCUACCUGUUCAUUCACUCGUUUUUUCUUGUUUUUUUUUUUUUUUUUUUUUACUCGGAUAAACGCUUUUGCGAUAAAAACCGUUUAUGGUCCUGGUUGAAGAUUUCACCAUGUCUCGCACUGACGAGGUUCAUCGCUUGACGGAAAAUGUUUAUAAGACCAUCAUGGAGCAGUUCAACCCCUGCUUACGGAACUUUGUUGCCAUGGGGAAGAACUAUGAGAAGGCCCUUGCCAAUGUGACAUUUGCUGCAAAAGGCUAUUUUGAUGCUCUGGUACGAAUGGGUGAGCUGGCCAGUGAGAGUCAAGGAUCCAAAGAUUUGGGGGACGUUCUGUUCCAGAUGGCUGAGGUCCACAGACAGAUCCAAGUGCAGCUAGAGGAAAUGCUUAAAUGCUUCCAUAAUGAGCUGCUCUCUGAGCUUGAGAAGAAGGUGGAUCUAGAUGCUCGGUACUUGACUGCUGCCUUGAAAAAAUACCAGCUGGAACACAAGAGCAAAGGGGAGAGUCUGGAAAAAUGCCAGGGUGAACUGAAGAAGCUUCGAAGGAAGAGUCAAGGCAGUAAGAACCCUUCAAAGUAUGGAGAGAAGGAGAUGCAGUUUGUGGAGACCAUUAGCAAUAAGCAGACAGAACUAGACACCUUCAUAGCUGAGGGCUACAAGACGGCCUUGUCAGAGGAACGCCGCAGAUACUGCUUCCUCGUGGACCGACAGUGUGCUGUGGCCAAAAACAGCAGCGCCUACCAUGGAAAGGGAAAAGACCUAUUGACCCAGAAGAUCCCAGUGUGGCAGCAGGCCUGCUCAGAUCCCAACAAACUGCCAGACAGAGCCAUGCUGCUGGCCCAGCAGAUGGGUUCUGCUGCUCUUGGAGGCACAAGUCCCCUGCACUCCUCCAAAUCCAAUCUGGUCAUCUCAGACCCCAUACCGGGGGCUCAGCCUCUUCCUGUUCCCCCGGAGCUGGCUGUUUUUAUGGGGAGCGGCCUCGGACACCCAGCGAGGCUGAUGGGCCCGGAUGGCAUGUCGAUGGUCAAUGGAACGACAGGAGUCCACGGCGAGGAAUACUGGACAGAUGGGGGUUCAAUGUCUGUGUCUCAAGUUAGGCCAGCAUCCCCUCAGACUCAGGCACAGGGCCAGACCCAGGUCCAGCCCCAGAGACAGGUCAGCGACGUCUACUCCAACACCCUCCCUGUGCGUAGGCCUGCUCCUGCCAAGAAUAAAAACCCAGUGGGCGAGACACGGACUCUGCCCAGGUCCAGUUCCAUGGCAGCCGGACUGGAAAAGAACGGGCGCUCACGCGUCCAGGCCAUCUUCUCCCAUGCCGCAGGCGACAACAGUACCCUGCUAAGCUUCUCCGAGGGAGAUGUCAUCACCCUGCUAGUGCCUGAGGCUCGUGAUGGCUGGCACUAUGGAGAAAAUGAGAAGAACAAGAUGCGUGGCUGGUUCCCAUUCUCCUACACACGUGUGCUCCCUGAAAGCGAUGGCGACAAGCUCAAAGUGAAUUCCAGUCUCCAUCAUGGUAAAAGCAGCAGCACUGGGAACCUGCUGGAGAGCGACGCAUCACUGCCCACACCUGACUACGGCCUAACUGCCCGACUGUUGGCACAGAGCUUAGCACAGACCCGCCCACGGCCCUACAGCAUGGCAGGGUUCGCUCCACAGCCUGCCAUUGAGGAUUAUGACAGCCGCUUUGCCACAAGUUUGGGUCCAGAAUUGUCCCGGUUCUGAGGGAACAGGACCGCCCGACCGGUCCCUCGAGCUCUUCCUCCGUCCCUCCUUCUCUGACGAUCGGUCUGCACCCAUCUACUACUAGCAACCUGCCGCCGCCUUCUUUCCACCGAUGGGCAUCUAUUCUAUGAGAGGAGAAAAGUGGCCAUGACUUGCAUGUUUUAUAUUUACCACAAGAGGGCCCAGAGGUGAGAUCAUCUCAACAGAUGGCUUGUUCAACCUCAAAUUUGGUUUCUUCUUUUAUUGAAAAUUUUCUUUGAACUUCUUAGAAACCAACAGCUUCAACCACAAUUAAAUGUCUCCGCCUGAACUUUUAAAGGUGAUGGUUUAUAGAUUUAUUAAGUUACUUAGGUCACAGCUGUUCUGGAUAAGGUAAGGCUAGGACGUUUUUCUUUACCUGCUUUUCUGUUAAAAUAUUAGAUUUUCUUAGUUUCAUCUUAGUUUUUCUUUAAUACUGUAAAUAUUUCCAAAGGAGUGGGAUCUGAAAGCAGGUCCACAGACCAGUUUGUCCCUAUGCUUCAAUUUUGCUUUUGUUAGGUCAUUAAGAUGAUUAUAUUUGUUAGUGGUGAUGCAGGACACCCAGACUUUCAAUCUCCUGUGCCUUCUUUGCUUCUUUGCUGGUUUUGUAAACAAACAAAAAAAAUUGUUCUUAUUGUUGCAUUAAAUUGGUUUAGGGGUAAUUAUGUGCAGUGAAGUUCUGCCUCCGUUUUUUUUUUUUUUUAUGAAUUCUGCCAAUAUUCAUGAGAAUAUUUCAGUUUUUUUAUAUAUAUAUAUAUACAGUAUGUGGGCAAGCCUCGGUAGUUCACAGUAAUACCCUAAAAUAUUUUUUAAUUGCUAACUUUUUCCUUAUAAUUUUAAUUUCAUUAAUUUUUAUUAAUUCUGUAAAUGAUCAGGAUAUGGGGAAAAUCCUAAUACUUUCUCUCUCCUUUUUUUUUUAGCAUUCAGGGAGUGGUAGAUAUUCAGAUAAGCUCCAGUAUUAUCUUUUCAGAUCUUUCAUUCUCAGUAUUACAGGGCACGCUGAUCUAAAACACAGACAUGUUUUAUAUAAAUUAGGAUGUGUGAAGAUGAAGACUAAAGAUGUUCAAAUCAAAGAAAGAAAUAUUGUUUGGAUGAAUGAGCAGCAAUGCUUUCCAAUAAGGCAUUGCGCUCUGAAUUAUGAGUUUGUUUUUAACAAAUGAGUCAUUUACACUGAUGUGAUUAUACUUGCAUCACAAUUAAAUGUCUUUUUUUUAUUUUUAAACAUAGCUGUCCUUGUCUUUAUUUCUAUCUUCUCUCCCAGUUUGUACUGUAUCCAUACUGUAAAGAAAAUGUGUUUAAAUUAUCUUGUCAAAUAAAUUUAAACUUGCACAGUU